CAAUGAGCAAUAUAAAGGCAACGAGCUGACAUUGGAACUCAAGCAGAAAGCAGAGGCAGCUUUGCCAGCAGCAGGACAAGUUUACUGUCUCAGUCUGGGACACAGCUCAGGACUGAUGCUGACGAGCUGGAGCACCUUUUGUGUGAGAAAAUGAGAUCUGGAGGGUAUUUUCCUAUGAGACAACUCUUCAAAAACAAUGACCCUGAAGGCAAAGGGCAGGUCAAUAGAGAUGUGCUUCUCAUGAUGCUGAUCAAAUUUCUGGGGAGGUGUAUCAGCUCCAAGCAGUAUCAGCAACUUCUUGUAAGGCUUAAGUUACAGGACAAAACCAUUAUCAAGUUUGAAGAGUUAUAUGCAGCAGUCCGUGACCCUGCUACUUCUGGGGCUCCAGCCUGGUUUGAUCCAGUCAGUCACAGACAUACGGAUAGACCUACAAUGACUGCAUCACAGGUUCAUGGGCAACUGAAAGAAAAAGUGAAACAAAGGUCACUGGAUAUUGCUGAUCUGAUACCCCAGAAGAACCCAGAAAGUGAUGUGAGGAUUCUGAAGCCUGAGUUUAAGAACAUCCUUAGCAAGCUGGGCUUCCCCAUGGGCAGUGAGGAAUUUGAAAAGCUUUGGCAAAGAUAUGACACAGAAGGUAUGGGAGUUCUCAAGGGAGAGCUGCUUCUUAAAAAACUAGGAGCAGAGUUCCAAAACGGAUCUUCAAACAAUGCUAAAGUUUCAGGACAAAACCGAGAAAUUUCAAAAGUGGAGCAGGAACGUAGAGCUUCCCUAGGGAUAGAAAGGUGGCUGAAAGAUAAAUUCAGAGAAGGGGCGAGAAGCAUGAAAGAAGAGUUUGAAAAAUAUGAUUCACAAAAAACAGGCAAGGUGAACAAAGAAACUUUCCUGUCAGUCCUACAGAAAUUUGAUAUGCAUCUCAAAAAGGAGCAUUUUAACCUCUUCCUGGCAAGAUGUGGCCUUGAAAACAGUCAGAAUGGGAUCAGUUACUUUGAUCUUCUUAGACACUUCCAGGAUCGCAGUGACAGAGGGAUCACACAAAAAAUUCUCUCUAAUCGCAGGCACAAAUUUCAUUGGGAAGAGAGUAUCAGCUCAGCUUCCACUGUGACUGCACUUGAAGUCAAACUGGCAAAUUUAUUUCAGUCUGAUUUCCUUUCACUCUUGACCACAUUCCAAAAAAUUGACAAGCUGGAGAAAGAAAUCAUUAGUCAGCAGGAGUUUCGUGCAGCAAUUGAGAGCAGGUUUGGUGUGGAGAUUACUGAUGAAGAGUUUGAGCUGCUACUUGACAGAAUCCCCCUUGAUGAAGAUGGAAAUGUCAGAUACCCCCAGUUCAUGGCCAUGUUUGACUCUCGGAAAGGAUUGCCCAGUCUCUUUGAUGAGAGAUCAGUAAUGAAUUCUGUGCCUGAGAUAAAUGAAGACAAAGAUGUGCAGAAUCAGAAAGAAAAUAUUCAUGACCAGAAAGAGAAACACAGCUGUAAAAGAACUCCUAGACAGUUGUUCAAGAUUAUUAAGAACUUAUUAAACAAACGCUCUCAAGCAAUAGAAAAAGAGUUUGAAGACUUAGAUGAAAUGAACUCCCGGCGCCUCACUCAGGAGACUAUGUACUUUCUCUUGAAGCGGUUUGACAUCCAACCUGAAAUAACUCGAGGUGAAAUCCGCAGGCUGUGGGAAACUUUAAUUACAAAUCAGGAUAACACCCUUGACUAUCUGGAGUUCAUCAGACACUUUGGCUACUCCCCCAGCUCUGCAUGCUUUCCCAAUGCCAAGAUUAGUCCACCCAGAAAAGGAGACAGUAACCUCAGGUUGCGUUCUAAAAAUCUCAGCUGCGAUUCUGACAUAUUGGUGGACAGGGUGCGAGCAAAAGUGGAGUAUUUAUGGGAUGUUCUCAAGAAGGAAUUUGAAGAGCUGGAUCCCCAGCAUACAGGCUUUGUCACCAAAGAAGAAUUUAAGGAUAUUUUGACUGAGCUGUGUGUGCACCUGAAUGAAUAUGAAUGUGAAAUGCUGGGAAAGAAAUUUGAAAGCGAUGGGGAUGGUUGUGUUUCAUACUUGGAGUUUCUGAAGCCCUUUGCUUUACGGAGACAAAGGUGGAAGAAUGGGAAUAACAUGGCUGCUGUUAUGAAGGCAUCUCAAGAUGAGAUAGACCAAUCCCAGAUGGGAAUGCAGACAUCAGAGCUGGGCAGUUUGACAAGUAGACUGCGAGAAAAAUUACGAGGGGACUGGAAGACCCUUCGAAGAGCCUUUAGGAAGCUUGAUGCUGACAGCAGUGGUUACCUUUCUCUACCAGAAUUCAGAUCUGUCCUGAAGCUGUGCAACCUUCUGGUAGAUGAGGAUGAGAUUUAUCACAUUCUGUCUAAAUACGAUCCCAACCUGGAUGGGAGAAUUGAUUAUAAGUCCUUUUUGGAGGAAACUUGUAAAAAAGGGAAACCACCUGCAGCCAAAAAAUCCUCUGUAAGCCCACCAUAAAAUAAUAUAGAAUAUCCCUGUGACUAGGAGAAGAAUGACAUCUGCAUGCUCCCAGCUGCUUAUCCUUCCAGCUGUUUGCUUCUCUUUGGGGUGUGCAUCUUUGCUUUGUGUCUUUUGGCUACUUAUUACUUGCCCACUGUAUUGUAAGUUGUUUUGUAGGGGGAUAAUAGAAGCAUAUUCUGAGAGAAGAGAGCCAAGCUGAGUAUAACACAAUUACUGUACUAUAUUUAAAACACAAUCCACUCUGUUACUAAGGAAACUAACAUUCUGAAAAGGAGAGGCAAUGAUGCAGCAUAGAGAGAUGCAAAUAAUUUUUUUUUUAGAAAAUGAAAUAUUCAGUGAGAUGCAGGGUGGAUUUUUGCUGCUUAGGACUCCACGACAAUGGUAGAGAGUUCCUUUGACCUUAUCAGGAGUUGGAUCAGAUCCUAUGUAGGCAUUUAGCCAGAAUUUGGCCCUUAAUGUAAACAUGGAUUUCCAUCCUUUUCUUCUUCCUAAAGGAAUAUUUUUAUCCAUAGAUUACAGGGAAUAGGGGUCAAUUCUGUGGCUGCUCUGCUCUGCUUCACUUCUCUGUCACAGCAGUUGUACCUUUAAGAUCAAGUUAUUUGCCACUUCACUUUUGUGGCAUAAAGACAUUUUUAUGAGCAUAUGAGUGAACAGUUGAGUCGGUUAAAUAAAUAAAUGGAACCAUUAAAAUGUAUAUUAUUUGCCUAGUCCAGUAUACAGGAGCAAAUUAUCUAACUUCAUUACAGAUCCUCCUCAUGCAGAUGAGCACAGGUCCACUGAUUGCAAUGAAACUUGGCCAGCUUUCACUAGCUGUGGAUAUGACCCAGUUUGUCUGCAUAAACAAAAUGCCAAAAGGAAGGAGCCCUCUUUGGUUGCUUCUACAUACUUUCUUCCCUUGGGCCACUCACUUUAGAUCCACGAUAAAAACAUAUGCCCUUUAUUAUCUUGGAAGACAAUCACAAGCUUGUGUUAAACUUUUGCUGUAUAUGUACUUGGGCACCUUAGAAGAAAAGAUUAACUUCUGUUGUAGCUCCUGUUCCAAAUACUUUCCCCCCUUGACAUCUGAUAUCAAACAGUAUUUUCACAGUUUUAAAUAAUAAAGCUGUUGAGAAAGCACUUUUGCUGGCUUAAAAAAGCUGAAGGAAAAACUUCUACAUGGUAAAAAAAAAAAAGUUUAGAGUGCAGAACAUGAACAGCUAUUAUUACACCCUGGUUUAAUCUACAUUGGAGUAUGCAAAAAUCAGACAAAUGUGAUUUCUUUAGUACUAUCUAAUAAUUUUGAAUUCUGUUACAUGUAAUGUAAUAUGCUAGGUUUUAUGAAGAUGAUCGGUUGUCUUUUUAAAUGAAAUUUUAACUAAAAAAUGGCUGUAUAAAAAAUGUUUUGUCACUGUUUGUUCUAUCUUACUGAUUUCUGACAACAUUCUCUUAGUUUACAAGUUGGGAAAAAAAGUUUUGAUUGUUUGUUUCUUUAACAGAUUCCAUUCCUUAACACUCCACCUGGGGUUUGAUAGUCAAGCUGCAUCAUUGGCUUCUCACAUCUCUAUGAUGAUAAAAUUCUGUAGGGCAAAUUGUACGGCAGCUAUAUGUGUGUAACUCCACUAUGUCCAAUGGUAUUGAACACCUGUAACUGAUAUACCUUAAUGAAACCAUGUAAAGGUAAUUCAACUGAGAGAAAAUUUGGGGCCUGGAAAAAGAAUUCAGUGUUUGAUCCAAUAAAAGACUUAGGCACUUACAAGUUAGGUGCUACAGUGCCUAACUUUUAGAUGUCAACCCUCCAGAAUGGGAUCCAAAACCCUGAAUUGGGUGCAAAGCCUUCCUAUACAGUGUACAGCAGUGCAUCUGAAUGGGACUGAGUAGUCCAAAUAGCUGACUACUGAGCUGCCCACAGGUAGGCAGUAGGGAAUUCUACAGAGAGGGCUGGGUCUUAAACUCUGCCUUUCUCCGAAGAUUAGGCAUCUUCCUGCAUCUCUUUCUCAAGUGCUCCAUCCAUGUAGGAUCAUCUCCUAAAGGGGAGGCACUUUCAUCUGUUUCAAAGGACCAAGGACUUAUUUUCUUUUAAAAAUACUGGUAAUCCUGCCCCCCGCUUAUAUAAUAUUCUACUGGUUAAAGCAGUUGCCUCAGAAGUAGGAGAGCUGGGUUCCAGACUCCCUUCAGCUUUGAGCCAGUUCAAAACCAUAUAUCCUAGUUACCAAUAAAAUGUCCUAAACACCACGCUCUGGACCAGCUUAGAUGAAGGCACUUUCUUUCUCUCUAGGUUGAAACUGUGUCACUGCAGCACAGAAUUCAAGAUAGAUGGGGCCAGAGGGAGAACUCAAGGGGGGCAUGUUUCUAUAGCCUAUUUAUUAGCAGUAGUCAGCUGGGAAGGGCAAUCCUGGAGUCCAGGGACUGUUUCUGUAUCUUAUCCCAUGACUGUUUAAUUUAAAAUACAGAAAUCACCCCUGAGUGCCCUCACUACUAGCUACAGAGGCAUGCUCCCUCUUAUAUUCUUUUCCUCUGGCACCAUGAAUCUACAUGCAUUUGCUAUGUGGCUGUACAAUUUCAACAAGAAGAGUGAAGAGAAUCUACUUUCCAGCCUUGGCUAUCGUCUGAUCCUUUGGGCACUUUUAUGUGAAGUAGAGAUGGGGAUUUGAUCCCUCUAGACUAAACAAGGCCUAUAUUCAAGUCUCCCAUUUCCUGGGUAAAUGCUUUAGCUAUGAGGCUAUUACAUGAAAAGUCAGCAUCACCAUGGCUACUACAUAGUAGGAAAAAGUGGUUAUAUCUAUUCUGUGAGGAGCUUGAUCCUGUGAGUGUGUCAGGUAUGCUUUGAGCCUGCCUACCAGGCUACAUCCUUUGCGAGACAUAGGCAGAGGAACACGUAGUUUCUGUAUCCCAAUUGGACUUGAUCAGGAUAUAGGUGCUGAGUUGCUCAGAUUGGAGCAGUUCUAAGCAUACAGGGCACAUCUAGACAAGGUGCUUUACUGCUCAGUAGAGCUAACUGCUGCAGUGUCUGCAUCUACAUGUGCAGAUGCUUACUGCGCAGUAAUUGGCUUUAAUCCUAAGUAAAUUUGCUACCUACAAAUGCAAGUAGCAAAUUUUCUCAGAAUUAGUAACUGUGCAAUAGCGCACA